GUUUACAGCUUACUUGAAUUUGAUCAUUAGAUAUGACAUUGUGGUGCCCUGGAAGAUGGUCUGAUAAAUAGUUACCAGAAGCUCAGUGUCUCCACCCACCCUUAUAUUUCUACAGUGUUUUGAGAGCUCACUUAUUGUCUUCAUCAUGACCAUCAUCAUCUCUCUGCUCCUACUGGCCUCUCUUCUGCCACACCUGACCUUCACUGCUCGUGUGAAUGUGGGUAUAGUGAACGGCACAGAAGCCAAACCGCACUCCAGACCUUACAUGGUUUCUCUUCAGAGGAACUGGCAACAUGUUUGUGGUGGAUUCCUCAUUUCUGACGAGUUUGUCUUGACUGCCGCACAUUGUCGAGAAAGAUCAGAGACUUUAACAGUUGUGGUCGGUGCACAUGACCUAAAAAAUAAGACUGAGGGUUCAGUGCGCAUCGGAGUGAUGUCCUACCACCAGCAUCCAAACUUUACGGUGGAACCUGUUAUGAAUGACAUUAUGCUUUUAAGGCUGGAUAAAAAAGUCACACAAAACGAGAAAGUCAACUGGAUAUCCAUACCAGUGAAAGAAGAGGACAUUGAAGUGCAUUCUGUGUGCAGUGUUGCAGGCUGGGGAAGACUGAAUAUUAAUGGCUCCCUUAGCAAUCGUUUAAUGGAGACACAUGUAAAGAUCAUGAAUAACACAGAAUGUGAAAAUAAAUGGGCAAAAUACAACUAUUCAGCUUCACAGAUGAUGUGUACAUAUGGCGAUGGAGGAAGUUGCACCGGGGAUUCAGGAGGUCCUUUGGUUUGUGGGAAAACCGCUGUUGGGGUCACAUCUUUCGGUGACCCUGAUCUCUGUAAUUCAUCUGAGCUACCUGAAGUUUAUAUGAAGGUUUCAGCAUAUCUGGCAUGGAUACAUACAUUUAUUGGAAAUGUUUAUUGACAUUUACAUGGUUUUGACUUGAAUUUCUCCAAAUUGUUUCAAUAAAUGCUCCAUGUGUCAAUCAUCCAUGAGUCUAUUUUUUUAUCUAGCCCUAGUUUGGCGUUUAUGCAAGAAGGAUUUUUUACACAAGGAAAAGAAAUGCAUGUAGCAUCAACAGGACUUUUAUUACAGUGUAAAUAAAAUACUGCAAAACUCUACUUCUUCGCAUACAUUGGUU